ACGAGUGCGCACCGAGUGUGUGGAGUGUGUCUACGGAAGCGGGUUUCGCGGUGCUGUUACUUUGGUUGUGUACAGUUGUUUCGGCAUAAGACGAAUUUGUACAAAUGUAAUACAUGGAGUGGAAUAUAUAGUAAACUACGUAAAACUAUAUACUUCUUUUAAUUUUUUGAUUCGCAUAUUUUAAUAACUCGCCGCGAUGGGAGUUCCGGCAUUCUUUCGAUGGUUGAGUAGGAAGUAUGUCUCUGUAAUUGCAACAUGUGUGGAAGAAAAGGGCCGUCAAGUGGAUGGGACCACUCUACCUGUGGACGCUACCAAGCCAAAUCCAAAUGGCGUGGAAUUUGAUAAUUUGUAUCUUGACAUGAAUGGGAUUAUACAUCCUUGUACACAUCCAGAAGAUAAGCCAGCUCCAAAAGAUGAAGAUGAGAUGAUGGUUGCUAUUUUUGAAUGCAUUGACAGAUUAUUUAACAUUGUAAGACCUCGAAAAUUGCUCUACAUGGCCAUUGAUGGGGUUGCACCUCGUGCUAAGAUGAAUCAACAAAGAUCUCGCAGAUUUCGUGCUUCUAAGGAAACUGUAGAAAAGGUUCAAGAAAUAUCCAGGAUCCGGUCAGAAUUGGCUGCUAAAGGUUGUCAUCUGCCCCCAGAAAAGCCUAAAGAGAAUCAUUUUGACAGCAACUGUAUUACUCCAGGAACGCCUUUUAUGGCUAGACUUUCUGCUUGUCUACAUUACUAUGUUCAUGAUCGUAUGAACAAUAAUCCUGCAUGGAAGGGAAUCAAGGUGAUUUUGUCUGAUGCAAAUGUUCCUGGUGAGGGGGAACACAAAAUUAUGGACUACAUCCGUCGACAACGUGGUCAACCUGAUAUAUGACCCUAACAACAACAUUGUCUUUGUGAGCUGAUGCUGAUCUUAUUAUGGCUUGGUCUUGCCACAACACGAACCAAAUUUCACAUUAUCGAGAAGAAUUCCACACCUAACAAACCCAAGCCCUGUGAUACUUCUGCGGUCAAAAUUGGUCAUGAGAUGAAAGAUUGUAUUGGUCUGCCUAAAGAACACGCUAAUCAAGAUGUAAUUGCCUUUGGUUCAGAGGUGGAGUUUAUUUUUGUUCGGCUCAACGUGUUACGUGAAUAUUUGGCAAAGGAACUUGAAAUGCCCAAUUUGCCUUUCGAAUAUAACUUUGAAAGGGCUAUUGAUGACUGGGUUUUCAUGUGCUUUUUUGUGGGCAAUGAUUUCUUGCCACAUUUACCAUCAUUAGAAAUCAGAGAAGGUGCAAUAAAUCGUUUAGUGGAACUGUACAAAAAGACUGUCUACAAAACGGGGGGAUUUUUGACAGACAGUGGGAAUGUGAACUUGGAUCGUGUGCAGCUCAUCAUGCAAGAUUUAGGUGGUGUUGAGGAUGAGAUAUUCAAGAAGCGACAGCAAAGUGAGCUAGCUUUCCGGGCACGUGAAAAGGCCAAAAAAAGGCGGACGAGAAUGUUUCAGAACUGGAAACCACAAUGGACACCAGUAGGCCAAUUUGCUCCGCAGGCUGUAGGUAGUGGUCCAGUUGCUCCAAUACAAAAUGCACGUCAAGAAGCAUUUCAGAUGCGUAUGCAAGGAAUGCACACAAGAUCUGGUUUUGGUAGUGCAGAAACACAAGAGGAUGGGGGAAGGGGUGUGAAACGGAAAUCUGAUCAGAUGGACCAAAAUGGGAACCAAUCAGAUGAUGAAGACAAUGGGCCUCCAGAUGAAGUCAGAUUGUGGGAAGAUGGCUUCAAAGAUCGCUACUAUGAAUCAAAGUUUGACGUAGAUGCUAAAAACAUGGAGUUCAGGCUGAAAGUAGCCCAUGAGUAUGUUCGUGGUCUCUGCUGGGUUUUGCAGUAUUAUUAUCAGGGUUGUGCCUCAUGGAAAUGGUACUUUCCAUACCAUUAUGCCCCAUUCGCAUCAGAUUUUAUUAACAUUGGGACUCUCUCAACAGAAUUUGAGAAAGGAACUAAACCCUUCCGUCCUCUGGAACAGUUGAUGGGAGUGUUCCCUGCUGCCAGCAGUUCACAUGUUCCUCCUUCGUGGGCACCUCUUAUGAGUGAUCCGGAAUCUCCUAUCAUUGAUUUUUACCCUGAAGAUUUCAAGAUUGAUUUGAAUGGUAAAAAGUUUGCUUGGCAGGGUGUGGCCCUCUUACCUUUUGUUGAUGAGAAGCGUCUUUUCAAAGCAUUGGAACCAUAUUAUUCACAGCUGACAGAUGCAGAAGUGCGUCGGAAUGUCAGAGGUGAUGACAGACUGUACAUGGCUCCAAAAAACACAGGGUACAAAUUUGUUAGUGGGCUAUACGAGAACAGAGUUGAUGGUGAAGUGGAUAUUUCUGUGGAUGGAAUUUUUGGUCAAGUUUUGCUUGCCAAAGAUUGUGUUUCAAUGGGAGGAAACUUAAAUUCACCUGUCCGAGGUCUUCUUGGAGUUAUGGAUAACAGUGUAGUGACUAUUAGUUUCCGGGACCCAAAAUAUCCUGAUAGUUACGUAUUUCCUGCAAAAAGGCUUCCUGGAGCAAAGGAGCCUCCAAAAGUCUUAAAACCUGGAGAUCUGAACGCCCAGGAAUCUCGGAACUGGAGGCCUCAGUUGGGCAUGGCUCCAGCCACACAACGAGCCAGCCUUGGUGAUGCUGGCCACAGGAUGCUUGGCCACCAAGGUGUUGGGCGAGGAAAUGCUGGUGCAGGGAUCUACAGUGCAGUGCCACCCAUGAUGUCUUAUGAUCGCGGUAACCGCAACAGCUGGCCGAGCAGCCGCAACGACAACCGAGACAACCAGAACAACUCGCGAUCGGGAGGCGG